CAUGGGAUCAGCAUGCACUUCGCAGAGUUCGGCCAACGUAUUGCAAGGCGAUUCCACGUCGUUCAAGAUGGUCCUCGUCGGAGACGCCGAAGUUGGCAAGACGGCCGUCUUUAUGAGAUACACGAAGAACCAGUUUGAUUACAGUUACCAGCCGACGGUUUCUGUUUGUAUUGGGAAUGUGGUCAAGAAAGUUAAUGUCCCGGAUGAUGGUAUUGUGUCUGUCGCUGUGUGGGAUCUGCCGGGGAGGGAAGAGGUCGAUCUGAGGAGAUCAUAUUAUAAGGAUAUUGAUGCAGCCAUUGUGGUUGUUGACGUUAGUGACACUGAUAGCAUUAACUCAGCUUCAAUGUGGAAACAAGACAUUCUCAGCAACUGUGACACCAGACUUUUUGAGUCCAAUCUUACAAGCACUCAUACUCACUCAUUUAGCAUUCCAAUUCUGUUGCUAGGCAAUAAACUAGAUCAAUUAAACUACAACGUGGAGUCGGAAGAAAUCCCGAAGGAAGUCUUGUUGUUGGAGAAACUUGUGGAUGAGCAAGGGUUUGCAGGGGGAGCGGUCGUGUCUGCAAGGGAUGGAGAUGGCAGUGUUCAUGAUGCAGUACAAACGUUAAUCAGACAUUUACUGGAGAUGAGAAAGUCUAGACAAGGAAUGAAUAUGCAAAUAGAGAAAAGAGUGAGCAUGAACAGAGUUGUGUUUCGAAGUGAGUUGUAUAAACGCAAGAAACGACUUCCAGUCAGUCAUGUUCCACAGUUUGAUCAGCUGUUUGAGCAAAGUGAGCAAGGAAUUACUGACAUCGAAUGGGCUGUGUCCAAGUUCAACUCGGCUCUCAGCCGCUUCAGAAAGCAAUGUGCUGUGGCUGACAUUGGACUAGGAGGUCAACCUACUUUGGAAGAUUGUAUUACUGCCUUGAAGAAAGCAAUUGGUGAUCAGCAUAUGAAGUUGGAUCAAGAGGUAUUGUUUCCCCAACUCAUCGUUUCCAGUCAAAUCGAAAAAGAAGUUGUACUACAAGUGUGGACAGCUAUUGAAAUAUAUCAAAAUGAAGUUGUAAGCACAGCUGAACGUGUUCUCAGUGUAUGUCCCAUAGCUGAAAGCCUUUUAUGUGGACUAUAUGAGGAGCUUGUGAAGCUACAGGAUCAAAGCUGGGAUCUAUGCACGGCUGCUGGACUUACAAAGAAGGCAACGAGGGAAGCUGUUUUUGUAAUAAAAGCAAACGUGGAUGAAAUAAAGCAAACGAGGAAUACGGCUACAAAGGGUGUACAGGCUGUAGAGCGAUCGACUCAGAAAGUACAGGCAGCAAUGAUGUGGUAGUCAUUGGUCUUGCGAAUGAAGUGAGAUGUAUAGUGUAGAGUAGAUAAGACCAUACAGAAUGAAUGUACAGAUAGAUGUAGGAUAUAUCUAUAUGUCUUGUUUCAUGGUCGUAGUUUGGCUGCAGAAGUGGGAGUACAUAAUACACCAAACGGACAAUGACGUCACAAA